AUGGCCACCUGCGGCACCUGCCACCAGAACACUCACGGUUGGGAGAAGGACGCCAAAGAUGGCAAGAAAGAGCCGUUGUGUUGGACGAAAGGCGAGAAGAGCAACAAGACGGGCCUCUGGGUACCGAUGGGCGGUGAAUGCGGUGGAUGCAGGUACGUGCGCAACCGCUACUACGAGAAAGGCACGAGCCAACAAGAGGCCAACAGAAAAAUCGCAGAGGAGGAGGGCGAGGCUGAGCGCCACCAGAGGCUCCGCACAGAUAAGGUCACAGGAGAGUGCAAGUUCAUCCACACUGAGGCAGUCAAUACAAAGUCCAAGACCAGCGACGAGAAGCAGUCGUUCAGACAGGCGGCCGAGGAGGGUACCUGCACUCCGUGCAAGGAGUUCGCGAGGAUCAAGGGGCUCAGUUUCCCGACCGAGAACCAACUGGUGGAGUACAUCACCAAGACCAUGGGUUUCGAGAUCGAGGAUGGCGACGGCGGGCGGGUCGUCGUCCAACCAGAUUUGCCAGCAGGAUCGCACAGGUACAGGCGCGGCAAGAGAGACGUCGCAAAACAGAUGGUCGUGGCGGGGCACGUGGACCAGGCAGCGGCUGAACAGCGCCACGCAGAGAAUGUGCAAGAGGGUGCCCUUGGCAAGCCUGAGCGCCGCGUCUUGAGCAAGACGUCCUUCCGGCCAGUUGCGACCCGCCGCCCGGUUCCGAGGAGCCAGCAACCCCUGUCGAGCACCUGGUCCUGGUCCUUGCCCAAUGACGCCUUCGACGAGGAUCCUGAUCAUGACCAUGACAUUGCUAGACUGAGCGACGUGGACUCCAGCGUCGCAAGCUCGACGAUCCGCACGCCCGCGCCCAAGGCCCCUCAAAGGGUGGAGGGCUGCCCCCUGUCGGCGAGAGGGGAGCGCAAGAGGAAGCGCAUUUCUGAAGGUGACCUGUCCGCCGCCGAGGCAGCAGAAGCAGCGCUGAACGAUGCGGAUGAGUACUUCUCGGCUGACAUCCUGUGGAGCGGGAAGUACACGAAGAGGGACUUCGAGAACCAGCGCACGAGGCUGGCUGCCAAAGCAGCCAAAGCAGCAGCCUCCGUCGGGGUGGCCGACUCGGCGGAGGUGUCAGAGAAGCUCUUCAAGAAAAGCGUAGACACUUACACGAUGAAGGAGACCCUGGAUCUGUUCAAGGAUCGGCCGCAGGACUUCGUGGAGAAGCUGGACGGCUUGCCAGGCAAGUUCAACGACAUCUUCAAGUCCUGCUCCCAGGGGGCCCAAGCCAACAUGCUGUCGAGCACCGCGUUCACCUUGCUGUCGACGGGUGACGUUGCCAACGAGGUCAUGGCCCUGAAGGUGGCGAAGUACGACGACUGCUGCGACCACUUCUCGGUGGCUACCUUGGCGAGGUCUGGGUGCUCGGAGGCUGUUGUGUCGAGUUGUCAGGUGAACCUCGUGGUGAGCUUCAUCGACAAGAUGAUCAAGAAGUCCCAUCGCGACGACUGCGUCAAGCUGAUGAAGUAUUGCGAGUGCACGGUUGGGAAGCUGGGUUACGGGGGGCGCCCAAUUGGCUUCCCCAUCCUGGUCAACAUCGCAGAUUUGGACACGGGCAACAGCAUGAUCGACGUUGCCAUGGGCUGGACCCCUCAGUGCGCUGCCGGCUUGUACUCGAUGGGGUUCUUCGGGAGGGUCUUGGGGACCAGCGCAGGGGACAAGCUACCCAGGGGCCUUCGCCUCGAAGGGAUUCAUCUCGCCUCUCACAGGGGCAUGAUCAGCAACCGCCUUCAGUGCUACAUGAAGGUGUCGGGCGGUAACGUCAGCCAUGCCAAGGUCGCCUGGGAGCGCAUUCCAAUUCCAGGGCACGGUGAGGGAAACGGCGCAUCCCUGGCGGACAACGUCGUCAACGAUGUGGUGAAGUGCGUGCACGAGCUGGAGAAGUACGUCAACGUCCAGGCAUCGGGGCCCGUGCGAUUGCUACACUCCAUUUGUGUUGUGUCCCCAUCCCCCGAAGAAAUUCCCUGGGUGCACUCGGCUUGGAGGUCACCGUUUCGGGGGCGGGGGCUUUUGCAUGAGUGUGGGUAUCCUGGGCCCCUGGGCCACGCGCGGAAGCAAGACAGCGCGAGCGCAGUGGAACGUACUUUCUCGGCGCUCCAAGACGUCAUCAUGUCCAGCUCCGUGGCGACGUUCAGCAAGCACAUGGACACCGUCGACGACGAGGGCGACCACGAGGGCCAGCAGCUCUACAAGCUCAAGGGCGACUUGGUGUCGAACAUCUUCCGCGCGCAGCAGGUCGUCGUCGACUUCUCGGGCGGGCUCGCUGGUUUCGUGGGCUCCAUCUUCAGCGAUGACUUCUCGAGCUAUGUGGGCGUGGCCUUCGACUUGCACUCCGAUGCAAAUAUCUUCAUCAUCGCCAUUGGCGCCGCGAACACCUUGCUGCAGUUCGACAUCCCUGCGGCGGAGAGGGCCGUCCUCAAGGAGGCCUUGCAGCGCUGCGAGGUCGCAGUGAAAGUCUGCGAAGCGAAGGCCCACACCGCGAAGAGGUGCGACGAGUCCAGGUCAAUCGUGGGAUCACCGAAGUGCGAGCUCGCAACUCAGAACUUCUUCUUCGUCAUUGCCAAGCUCAUCGGGGCCUUGGCUCCAGAGGUUAGCGCGCUCGUCGAGUCGGCGAAGGCGCGCAGGUCCAUCACGGUCACUGCGGAACAGGUGCUCGCAGGCAAGGCCGCCGGGUGCAUGCAAAGUACCAGUGCCCUGCGUCUCGUCGAGUCGCUGAUCGAGCCAGUGUCCACCAAGACCGAGGUGCAGGAGUGGAGAGCGGCGCUCAUGGAGCAGUGGGGCACCUCGUUCCAAGAGCUAGUGGACAAGCUCGACCCGAUGUGCAUGACAGCCUUCAUCAGGAAGUGCAGGGAUCAGGAGAACAUUAUCGGCCUCGUCCAGGCCUGGACGCUCGACCAGAACAUGUGGCUGGCGUCGAGUGAAAAAGACCUGAAACGCAAUGCAGAAUUCCAGCAGAUCGAGGCGUUCAUUUCAGCUCUUCCCUCCGCUGCUCGCAUCAUUGACGAGCUCGCGAAGGUUUCCUUGAAGUGGAUUUCGGAGUCCCAGUCGCGUAGGCUCAAGAGUCUCAUCGAAGAUCUGCCG